UGCAACACAAAAGCGAACUGUCAAAAUUGUGAAAAUCAACUUUUCGAGCAAAAGGCCAAAAGUGUUAAAACGAAAUUCGUCUCACCGUCGGGAAGUCGUCGUCGUGUUGUGUGCGGUUAUUUGUGCAGGAAAAAUAGUGCUGAACGUCUCCGCUUGUGGCAGGUGUGAUCACCCAAAGUGACGAAACAAGAAAAAAAAGUGAAAAUAAGCAAUCAAGCAUCACAGUGAAAAGUGGGAAAAGUGUCGUGCUUUUUUGUUCGGGAAAAAGUAGCAGUAACCAUCCGACAGAAUGCCUCUUUUUGGCAAAUCGCAGAAAAGUCCGCAGGAGCUUGUGAAAGCGCUGAAGGAAGCGGUCAACUCGCUGGAACGAGGCGACAAGAAGGCGGAAAAGGCACAGGAGGACGUUAGCAAAAAUCUGGUUCUUAUCAAAAAUAUGCUAUACGGAACGUCAGACGCAGAACCACAAACGGAAAUUGUGGUGUCGCAGUUAGCACAGGAAUUGUAUAAUAGUAAUCUACUCUUGCUUCUGAUACAGAAUCUAAGUCGUAUCGAUUUCGAAGGCAAAAAAGACGUCGCACAGGUGUUCAACAAUGUACUCAGAAGACAGAUCGGCACACGGUCGCCAACCGUGGAAUACAUCUGUACAAAGCCAGAAAUCCUGUUCACACUUAUGGCCGGUUACGAACACCAAGAAAUUGCGCUAAACUGCGGAACGAUGCUGCGGGAGUGUGCAAGGUACGAAGCGCUCGCCAAAAUAAUGCUCCACUCGGACGAAUUCUUCAACUUUUUCCGCUACGUGGAAGUGUCCACCUUCGAUAUCGCUUCGGAUGCCUUCUCGACCUUCAAGGAGCUGCUGACGCGGCACAAAAUCCUGUGCGCCGAAUUCCUGGAGCAAAACUACGACAAAGUAUUUGACCACUACCAGCACUUGCUCAACUCGGAGAACUACGUUACGCGGAGGCAAAGUUUGAAACUGCUCGGUGAACUGCUGCUGGAUCGACACAACUUCACGGUAAUGACGAAAUACAUCUCAAAUCCAGACAACCUGAAGCUCAUGAUGAAUAUGCUUAAAGAAAAAUCUCGGAAUAUUCAGUUUGAAGCGUUUCACGUGUUCAAGGUAUUUGUAGCGAAUCCGAACAAACCGAAACCGAUCCUGGAUAUCCUACUGCGGAAUCAGGAAAAAUUGGUAGACUUCCUAACGAAAUUCCACACGGACCGAUCCGAGGACGAACAGUUCAACGACGAAAAGGCGUACCUAAUCAAGCAGAUAAAAGAGCUGAAACCGGCUCCGGAUCAAUAGUAAAAAGCACGACGCAAGCUUGAGGUCUUUGCAAAUCCACAAACACGCGCGCACGCAUACACACACAUCCUCAUUCCUGUCCUCGCAUCCCGACUCCCGUUUUUAUCCCCACCCCGCCCGUGCACUAGUAUUUUGUAAUAAAUCGUGAGUAAUAAAAGAAAUCUAUAAAUAUAAUUCAUACUCUAGCAUAAAUAUAAUAAAUUUAACUACCAUAGAAGUUAUAAACUAAAUUGCUGAGUCAAACGUUCAGUCCUCUAAACAAAAACCAAUAAAACACAUAUACGCAUGUAUAAGCUGAUAGUAGUAAGCAGAACAAUACAAAUGCUGGCAAAAGUCGAAAGAAGUUAAAACUAGUAUUUAGAAUAAGCAAAGCAAGAACCUUGCAUAAUGUUAGUCCAAGCAACAGGAGAAAAAAAAACAAAGCAAAAAAAUCAUUACAGAGCAAAAUAGUAAUAUAUUUAUGAAUGCUAAAAGAGCAUUUUCACGGCUGCUAAAAAUACCGAACUAUAUAUAUUAACAAAGUAAUAUGAUGUUGUAUAAAAUUUAACAAGGUAAAGCUGCGCAAUUUCUGUUUCUCUUAUUGGGCGUGUUUAGUCUCUGGAUGGAAGCAUCAGAACUUUAAUUGUGAGGAUUCUUAUAGAAUGUUUUUCCAAGAAGCAAAAACGGAAAAUAAUGCAAACAUUAAAUUGUAUUUAUUUUAUAUUUUGCUUGUGUUUAUAAUGCGCCUUAUUGCAAUUGUGAAGACAUUAUUGGUGACCCACUUGCUUUGUGAGUGGGGUGGUAGGUUGAUAGUUAAUAGAGAAGGCCCUAUAGGAGGACAAACUACUCUGAAGUACGUUUUAGUGUUAAUGCUACUUUUAAGUAUCUGGUUCUAGCUUGUGUCCUGUUUUUUUCUGUUAAUAUCUGAACUCAGAUGAUAUAUAUUGCAAAAUAUAAAACAUGUUUAAUAAUUUUAGUUGAAAAUUGAAUUUUCUAUUAUCCCAUCCAACAGAGUAUAGGAAGAUUUUGACCAUUAUGUUGAAGUUUUUUCGCUUACAUUCAUCCUUUUUACAUUGACACGUACACAACACCCGUUGAGCACCUCCAUACCUCAUUAGACUCAUUUAGAGAUACGAUGAACAUUCGAACACUCUCCCGGCAAUUCGGCACUGGAAAAAAGAUUCAUCACAGCUCUCGAGCGAUUAGAUCUUAGACAUUCUUAAAAGGGCUAUUAUACGUUAGGCAUACAAACGUUUUGUAUACUUUUUGAGACUUAAUAAAAUUAGUGAGGAGACAUACACUGCUUUCUCUAAGAUUGAAGUGUCCGUUAUUAAAACUGGAAUCCGUUCAUGUUAGGUACCACACACUAGAAGUCACUGAAUAACAAUUCUGAAAACUGUUCCUAAUACAAUCUGAUAUGAAUGUCUACACAUGUAGUAGCUCUGAAACACAAAAUAGCAAAGUCCUGCGGACAGUGAAACAUUGUGACAGAACGAAGAAGGGGAGUUGAAAUGCAAUAUCAAGAAGUGAAUCGUUUCAUUAGAUGUAAACUGAUCAGCAAUUGUGGAUUGUGGAAUAGAUAAUCGGCAUAUAAUUUACGUAUUACUUGUAGAUUACUGUUCGAUACAACCUAUGCAAAAUAGGACUGCAAUCUCCUUAAGUUCUAGUGCGUUCAUCUCCGCAGCUUAUUUGUUGACCCUCAAAGACCACCCCUAGAAGAUGGCGGAGCUUGUUUGUACUGUUUACAUAAAGGUAGACACAGCACCCUAGACAAGCCAAGUCAAAGAAUGAACACAUAGAAAUCACAACGUAACAAUUACGUAGGGAAGAUGGAAAAUCAAGAAAACAAUUGAAAUAAAAUAGCGUUUAAGUCAAAUACUGUUGUAUCAAAAAGAAACAGCGAACGAGUGAAAAAAGGAACUGAAAGCGAAAAGGCACGAAAAAUAAAGACAAUUGAGUCUCAACGGA